UUAGUGGUGUCGGAGGUGCGAAGGCUGGCAUUCUGUCCCGUUUCCGGGUCCGUCUCUAUGGUGUCGGAGGGACGAGGUCCCGAGAAGAGUGUGGUUGUAGUGGCUACAGCCUCACGGGGGAGGCGAGGGUGGUUGGUGUCAACAGGGGGACCGGAGCCAAGACCCUCCGCCGCCUGCCCCCGCCACCCUUCCGCAGGUCUGUUUGGCUUAGAGGAGGAGCUGCAGUACACCUUACUGCAAAAGUGAUGGGAUCAGAGAAUAGUGCUUUAAAGAGCUAUACACUGAAAGAACCACCAUUUACCUUACCCUCUGGACUUGCUGUUUAUCCAGCUGUUCUGCAAGAUGGCAAAUUUGCUUCUGUUUUUGUGUAUAAGAGAGAAAAUGAAGACAAGGUUAAUAAAGCUGCCAAGCACUUGAAGACACUACGACACCCUUGCUUGCUAAGAUUUUUGUCUUGUACUGUGGAAGCAGAUGGCAUUCAUCUUGUCACUGAGCGUGUGCAGCCUCUGGAAGUGGCUCUGGAAACAUUGUCUUCUGCAGAGGUCUGUGCUGGGAUCUAUGACAUAUUGCUGGCACUUAUCUUCCUUCAUGACAGAGGAAACCUAACACACAACAAUGUCUGCUUGUCAUCCAUAUUUGUGAGUGAAGAUGGGCAUUGGAAGCUAGGAGGAAUGGAAACUGUUUGUAAAGUUCCUGAGGCCACCCCGGAGUUUCUGAGGAGUAUUCAGUCAGUAAGAGACCCAGCAUCUAUCCCUCCUGAAGAGAUGUCUCCAGAAUUCACCACUCUACCAGAGUCCCAUGGACAUGCCCGAGAUGCCUAUUCAUUUGGAACAUUGGUGGCAAGUUUGCUCACAAUCAUAAGUGAACAGGUUUCAGCGGAUGUUCUCUCCAGCUUUCAACAGACCUUGCACUCAUCUUUCCUGAAUACCAUUCCAAAAUGUCGGCCAGCGCUCUGCACCUUACUGUCCCAUGACUUCUUCAGAAAUGAUUUUCUAGAAGUUGUCAAUUUCUUGAAAAGUUUAACAUUGAAGAGCGAAGAGGAAAAAACUGAAUUUUUCAAGUUUCUGUUGGACAGAGUCAGCUGCUUAUCGGAGGAAUUAAUAGCUUCUAGGUUGGUGCCUCUUCUGCUUAACCAGUUGGUAUUUGCAGAACCAGUUGCUGUUAAAAGUUUUCUUCCUCAUCUGCUUGGCCCCAGAAAAGAUAAUGCACAGGGAGAAACUGUUUGCUUGCUGUCACCAGCCCUGUUCCAAUCCCGAGUGAUCCCCGUGCUUCUGCAGUUGUUUGAGGUCCAUGAGGAGCACGUGCGGAUGGUGCUGCUGUCUCACAUUGAGGCCUAUGUGGAACACUUCACUCAGGAGCAGCUGAAGAAAGUCAUCUUGCCACAGGUAUUACUAGGCUUGCGUGACACCAGUGAUUCCAUUGUGGCGAUUACUCUUCAUAGCCUCGCAGUGCUGGUCUCCCUGCUUGGACCAGAGGUGGUUGUGGGAGGAGAAAGAACCAAGAUCUUUAAACGUACUGCCCCAAGUUUUACUAAAACUACUGACCUUUCCCCAGAAGAUUCUCCCACGCACGUCGUCUGCAGCCAGCACAGUCAGAUCUUGCCAAUCUCAGAGAAACCCUCCUCUAGCAUGUUCCCUAAAUAUUUAUUUUCUGGCAACAUGCCCAUCAACAGCAAGAAGCACAUGCAGCAAGAUUACUACAAUACUGUUUUGCAGACAGGUGAUCAGUUUUCUCAGCCUAUUCAUUUUCCCAUGAAUGGCAUCUCAGAUGUGGAAAAUAUUAGACAGGACAGUGAGAACUUCAGCUCUAAAAAGUCUGAAGAGUGGCCUGACUGGAGCGAGCCCGAGGAGCCUGAAAACAAAACUGUCAACAAACAAAUUUGGCCUAGAGAGCCAUGUGAUGCUGCCAAGUCACUGUUUACUAACCUGAAUGCAGAGGAGGAGUCAUGGGAUGACUUUGAGCUCAGUAGCUUGGAUUCUAAAAUAAACCCAGGAGGUGGGAUCACUGCUACAAGACCUGUUACCUUAGGGGAGCAAACAUCCAUUCCUACUUCACUUCCACUCACUGAGGAGGCUAAGCCUUUGAAAUCAAGCCUGUCCCCAAAAACCAGUCUUGUACAAAGCAGGGAUGACUCAAAGCAGAUAAAGUCACCAAAAGUGUUCUCACAAGAAAGGCCUCGUAAGGUUCCAUCAGAACUUGGUUUAGGAGAGGAGUUUACCAUUCAAGUGAAAAAGAAGCCAGUGCAGGAUCCUGAAUUGGAUUGGUUUGCUGAUAUGAUCCCAGAAAUUAAACCUUCAGCUGCUUUUCUUAUUUUACCUGAACUGAGGACAGAAAUGAUGGUUCCUAACAAGGAUGAUGGCUCAUCAGUGAUGCAGUUUUCCUCAAAAUUUGCUGCAGCAGAAAUUACUGAGGUGAGGAUUAAUUGUGCUGUUAGUUUAAGCAUUUCCUUCACAGGUCUCAGUUACACUGCCUCAUUAAUAACAACAUGCUGUUUUCCCAGUGAGGGAAAAGGCUGAUGUAUACAACUGGUAAAAAUGACUAAGUACAGCAUAAAUUGAAUAAAAUCAGUUCCUAGAAAUGCUCUCUUUCCUUCAUCAGAAAAACAUAGUGAUGCUUGUGCUAAGUAUUUAAAGGUUCAUUUAUUACAUGAGUAACUUUUGUUUUGGAAGAAAAGGGAUUAAACCAAGAAUAUGGUGUCACCAGACUGAUAUUAUUGGAUUAUAUGAUCCUUGAAAAGUUACUUGCCAACUAUGUGGUUUUGUGACCCUGGAAUAAAAGUAAUCCUCUUUAGUCAGCUUUCAAUUAUAGCUUUAAGUUAUUUUACUUAGCCUGAGAAAUCAAAGACAAGUAAUAAGCCCCUAUUGCUCUUAAGCUCCUGAUUUUUAAAAUUUGGAUAUGAUCUGCUUCAGUAAGUUGCUUUCGGUGUGUUUUAUCUUGUUGCAGGGAGAGGCUGAAGGCUGGGGAGAAGAAGGGGAGCUGAACUGGGAAGAUAACUGGUGACACCAGUUGUGAAUUAAACUUUAAGAAAAAAAGAUUCUUUUUUUCUGUCUUUAAAUCUAAUACCUCAAAAGACCCAAAAGGAACCUGUUUUUCCUAUACCAGGAGCUCUUUUUCUAGUCUGCCCACAUGUGUGAGACCUCAAGUGCUGGCUAAAAACUAUACAUGGGAAAGAGACUCACAAUACUAGUUUCUAGGAGAAAGAGCCUGUGUGCAUUUGACUGAGGCCAAUUUCUAUGAAGAGCAAGUAGCUGUGGAAAGGUUGAAUUUUCUGUUUUUUCCAGGACAAUUCUGGAAGUAAAGAAAAUAAAUAUAAAAAUUCAAGCUGAUUAGCUUAA